GCAACGUGCUGCGCCGGCGCAUUAUUGUGUUAAUGAAAAUCUGCCACGCGCUUCAAACUUUUGCUAGAUGAAGCUAAAUUUUAGUGCUGAAAUUAUCCGUGAAAAAGGUGUAAAGCUAUAAGAAAAGAACGUGUUUACAUAUAACCAAAUACAGACGAAUAUAAAUACAUAUACAUACUCAAGCUUGUCUUUGUAUGUGACGAUCAUUCAUUAUUGCUUCUCCUUUUUGCGCAAUGUGUUUUGGCUUCAGAUAUAUGUAAGCUUACCUGUGCAUCUGUGUGUGUGUCUCUGUGUAAAAGGGAGAGCAAAAUAGUCGCGUAUACAGUUUGUGUUUUGAGUGAGAGAGCAUUAAGCUUUUGAGUUAAAGUUCUUUUGCUUGCGUCGGCGUAAGCGUUGGCAGCAGCAACAGGUUAGACUUGUCUACAGCAUUUUGUCACUUGGGAUCUCAGUAAACCAAUCAAGUUAUCAUUAUCGUUAUGCUGUACAGUAAAACAUGGCUACGUCGUCACUUUAUGUUGCUGGGGUGACCUGUCUAGGAUUCGUUUGCUUUGCUCUAGCCUCCGUUGCCAUUGGCAUACCCAUUUGGGGUUAUUACGAUAGUCCAUCGGGUGGCUAUGACUACGAUCGCGGCUAUUUUGGGCCAUUCAAAGUCUGCAAACAAUUGACUUACAAUCGCGAGAAAUGCGGCAACGAUGUCUCCAAAUUCAGACUGAGCAAUGCCGUAUUUGUGAGCGGUCUCUUGGCCAUCGGCAGCUCGGCGCUGCUUGGUAUCUUCUGCAUCUUGUCGGUCAUACAACAUGCCAUGAUAUCAUCGCGGGAGAAGGUUGUCCUGUCAUACACAUCGCUGGUCAUUGUCAAGCUGAUAUUAGCGCUGCUGGGCGGUUUGCUGGCUAUAAUCGCUACAGUGCUGUUUGCCCUGCAAAUCGAUGAGCAGGAGCGCUUUGGCUUCAAGAUAUCGCGUGGCAUUUCCUUCUAUAUACAGAUAGUUGUGAUUGUAUUGUCCAUAGCGUUGUUUGUUGCUGCUUUAUAUGAUGUUAUAUUCUCACGCAGUCCUGGCGGAGAUCCCACAAUGGCGCUGGACGCUUCCUCGCCUGCAAGUGCAACAACCUUUAAUAAUCCCGGCUUCAAGGAGCCGUCGCGUGGACGCAAUGGCGUCUCGGUUACGGACGCUUCGGGCAAGCCAUACAGCGGCAUACGCAAUGGAGCUGGAACCGCUGGCAGUGUGGCCUCCAUGAGCACCACAGUGACCAGCGUCUCAAAUGGCUCCACGCUGGAUUCGGUGACGCGCUCGCCGCUGCGUUCCAGUCUCAAAAAGCCGCGACCUCGGCCAGAUCCAACGCUGGGCAUACAGAAUCCUGGCUUCUCAGGAUCGGGCAGCUCGCCGCCCAUGCGACGCACUGGCAGCGUUAAGAAGGUGCGCAUUCAAACGCACAGCACGGAGGUUUAGUUUAGCUCCAUCUACUCGACAUUAACAUAUGAGAACGACAACAAAUACAAUUACAUUAAACAAAGACUGUGUACAGUAGCAACAAAACACAACAAGAUGAUUUGACAUUUGAUUGCGCAUUGGCUGCAAGAUUUAAUGAAGAACAACAACCGAUAUACAAUUUACAUUUAAUUUAAUAGUUGGAUAAACGAAUUCUUUUCAUUUGUCUUCCAAUCGCGCCGCAAUGUUAAUUUUGAUUUAAUAUUUUGCAACGGUUUCCGUCCAUGGGCAAAGUCAAAGUAUUUAAUUUAAAACUUUCCAUCUAAUCUAAAGCAUUGUGUAGCAUUCUCCAAGUGUCCUUAUGACCUAUGCCCAGUUCCCUCUCUCCCACAAGCUGCAAUUUCAUCAUGACCUUUUUCAAUCGAUUUAGCAUUACUUAUGUUAAUUUGCAAUGUAAAAUAUAAACAAUUGUUGCUGACGUAAACAAAACAAAACACACAAACAAUUCACACACAUUAAGAUUAAGCUUGUUUGUUUAAAAAUAAGUUUAAUGUUUAUCGCUGUAAGUUGACUAUAUAAAUAAAUUAAA